CUGUUGUCUCAACAACCCAAGAGCUUUGGCGACAAACUCAGCGUCUAUUUCAGUGACACGUGGAAUGUAGUGGACGCGUUUUCCCUGCUUGCUUUUGUAGUUGCCGUCUUCCUGCGAUUUUUUGAUUCAACGUUUGAAGCUGCCCGGAUAAUUCUCUCUCUGAAUAUUAUUGUAUUUAUUGUGCGAUCGCUACAGAUUUUGUCCGUCAACAGGCAGCUCGGUCCCAAACUUGUCAUGAUCAGAAAAAUGGUAAGAAUACGUGGACAAAUCGAAUUUUGUGUCAAAUGUCUGGUUAAAGUAUGCCUUAGUAUUUAUUAGUCAUAGUGUUUUAACUUACAAAAUGCAAAACUUAACUAAGAAAAAAGAGAGACUGUUCCAGUCUACGACACAGAUGGGAAGGGGCCAUUAGGCAGCACGUUUCCAUGGUAAUGUUGAUUUUUCCUUUAAAUCUUAAGAGAAAUUCAGAGGAGGACUGGUUAAUAAACGUCGGAAAAGCCGUAAAGUAAAUUAAGGAAGGAUAUGGGCGGAUUGAGGGGUUUGAGGGAAGGGGUCCAAACUUCCACACUUCUUCGUUGUUCACACGUUUUCAUGUUUUCAUUACAUCGCAUUUUUUCAUUCUUCCGUUGGGUAGUUCGUUUUGUUCAUUCAUUCAUUUAUUCAGAGGCACGAAUGAAAACAUACCGUGUACCUUAUGGUUAAGAGGCGACGUGUUUUGGAAACCUUCCUUCAUAAACUAGCGGGUGAAUGUUGUAUGCGAUCAUGCUGUAGUAAAAAAUCUGUGUUCUGUUGGCCUCAUUUUGGGAGAGGAUUAGGAAGCCCUGGGGCCCGUUUCUCGAAAGUCCCGAUAACUUUUCGGGCCCGAAAUCAAAUUUUCAAAUCGAAAUAUAAAAAAUAAGAGCGCGGGUCCUGGCUAGCAAACUACUCCAUUCUGUUUCAUUAACUGAUGGUUUUAAUUUAUCAUGUUAGAUGUAAAACUGUUGAAACCUCUACCUUGCAUGUAAACAACAACCUUUAAUUAUCGGGACUUUCGAGAAACGGGCCCCUGGUCCCAUUUUUAAAAACUAUGGGGCUCUGGGGCCCGGUAAGCUGUCUCCGUUUACAUUAAAGAUCGAGGUUUCAAUAGUUUUGCAUCUAACAUGAUAAAACUGUCAGUUAAUGAAACUAAAUGGAGUAGUUUGCUAGCCAGGACCCGCGCUCUUAUUCUUUGUGAUAUUGACAGUCAUUCAGUAACAGGGUUUUCAUCUUAAUUUGUUUUAUUCUUUGUCACGGCAGUUGGAAGAUUUAAAACAGUUUGUAUUCAUCUUGCUCAUAUUCAUCAUUGCUUAUGGAAUAGCACUACAGGCGGUGUCGUUCCCAGGUCCCGGAAAGUUUCAAAGGGGCUUCUGGGAAGUCUUACGAGGAAUAGUAGACUUACCUUACUGGCAAAUGUAUGGCGAGCUUUUCCUCGAGGAAAUAUCAGGUAACUGUCCUUGGUGUUGCCGGUCGGGGGGUGGGGGAAGGCGAGAGGGGCACGCGGUGGGUAGUGCUAGUAUCCUAGAAUUCCUUUAUUGAAGGUUGUUUAACAACAACAACAACUGCAACAAGCAAUAUUUAUUAGUAUAGUGUGGAGAAAAAAAGAGUUUAAAUUACGUGUUGACAGUUAGCAAGAUAAGGAGCACACCCACUUUGAAAUAGCAAAUGCUAGUCGUGCUAAGUGGCUGGCCCUGCGGAGAAAAAUAUUUACAUAUGUGUUAAAUAAAGAUAUAGACACGCACACAAACAACAAGAAAAAACAAACAAACAAAAACAAAAAAAUGCUUCAACCAAUCAGAAGCCCUACCCAUAUCUGGGCGUCGCCAGAUAUAAGCCCAGAUCUGUGCGUCGCCAAAUGUCCUCAGCUUUCUGAGGCUAAAUUUUCGUGAUGUUCUGUUUGUCUUAUUUUAGGUCAGAAGCCCAUUGAGUAUGCUGAAGUCCAUCCUACUGCACAGUGGCUAUCUCCAGCUCUUCUGGCUGGAUACAUGUUGUUCACAAAUGUUCUUCUUCUUAAUCUUCUUAUUGCCAUUUUCAGGUAAUUAUUAUUUCCCUCUUAUGCACAUAAUUUAGUGAAAACUGCCAAAUUAUAAAAUGACAUUGACGCAACUCACGUGAUCAGAGGCGUGUCACAGUUUCAGUUGUUUAAUUUAACGAUUUUUUUAUUAUUAUUAACGAGGGAUCCACUGUAAUUGGUAUGCUGUAGUGGUCUCCCCGCCUAAUAGUUUUUAUGUAUUCAUGUAUAAAGAUUGUAUUCUAGUUAGGCGAAGCUAAAUAAAUAAAACAUAAAAUAGAUAAAUAAUUAAAAACACACAUAAUGCAAUUACAUUUACAUUGAUUAGACAGUGACAAAGGAAUACGACAAUGCCUGAGCUUUGAGGCCUUCUUAAACACAGAGCGUUCAGCCACGAGGAAAUGAUGGAUAUAUGGAAAUCGUAUACAAGAACUGUGGGACAAAGAAGUAAAUGUGUUUUUCAGGAAUCCUUUUCUGCAAAAGUUGCAUCAACUACUGCCAUGGUCGUCUUGGCGUCUUUCGUCCACCGUUUCGGCUCUUUCGAACGUAACCCCUUUUCCUCCACUUCUACGUGUGCCUGGUGGUUUAGUGAAAAAUGACAAAAAAGAAAAUACAGGGAGGGGAAAGUCCGAGUGGACAUGAUUACCAACUCUGAAUAUUUCUUUACUUUCUAGUUAUACUUUUGAGCGGGUUCAAGAAGACUCAGAUAAAGUGUGGAAGUUUCAGCGUUACGAACUGAUCGCUGAAUAUCACGGCAGACCUCUGUUUUUUCCACCGUUAAUCUUCAUCUCUCAUAUCCUGCUUUUUGUACGAUGGAUCUGGCAGCUGUGUCGAUGUGGCAAUCCACCUUCUGGCAGCUCGAUGAGUAAGUUGUUAUUUGUGUUUCUGGGAAACUACCCACCUACCCCUCCCUUAACUCAAUCUCACCUGGGGCAAAAUGUUGUGUUAGGGGAGGGGUAGGUUGUCAGUUUCCCAGAAACCUAAAUUUUAUCCGUAAAUUCAUCCUAAAGGCUGGUUUUCACUGACGCCGAAGUCGAAGUCGGUCAGAAGCGUAGAACUUUACGAUCUAGUGAAAACAGCGUCCUGCUAAAUAUUCACAACGCUUGAACGGUUGUUUGUCGUAAAGGAUAACGCUGAAGUUCACCGUGAAACACAUUUGAUCUUGUGUUCAGAACUCUCGCAAAAGUACGCUUUACGAAUUUAUAUAGCGCUGGACCGAAUUUCUCGUAUUGAAGGGUUAUGUUACUGAUAUGAAUCUGAUAGAAUUUUCCUCUUCUUUUCAGAAAUCGCACUUACUGAUUAUGAGCAAGAGCAGUUGAUGAACUGGGAGUUCCAAGGUGCGGAGUAUUACAUGCAUACGAAAAAAGCGGAGGAAAAUAACACUAUGGAAAAACGAGUCUGCACUUUAGGAGACAGGUAUUAACCUUAUUCAACAAACCUGAAAAUAAAAAAAAAUUAAAUAAUAUUUGUUGAUUUAAUGGCCCGUAAUUCCCCCUCCUUUUGAAAGUACAUUGGUUACACUGGCACUGACUACUGUCACUACUUUACAGGGGUUUUUGAGUUGGUUUCUGCAUCAAAGAAUAAUAAAUAAACAAAUAAACAAGUAAAUGAAUAAAUAAAUAGGUAGGUAGUGGCAGAAAUGUGUCAUUAUAUGCCUUUCAGGAAUGUCUCGCUAUUUAAUGGUAUCAAAAUUCCAGAAGAUCCAAAAUGAGAGAUUGUCAUGCCUGAAAAGUGGUUUUUCAGGGAGAACUUAGUUGAUUUUACCAGGAGCUCUUUUUUUAGCCAACGGCACCUAGAAAAAAUGAGGGGACUACCCGGCCCGGGUGAUGGUAGAAAUUCCUGAAAUUCAGUUUUAUGCACUGAACGUAACACACGCCAUUCUGACUGCGUGGGCGCGCAAAUUUCUACCAGAUCUUUACGAAAGAAGCCUGCAGAACAGGUUUUUCGCGUUGUUCAGGCAAGCGAAGGCAGGCGCGAAGCGAGCGAGGAGCGCGAGACCCCGAUCGCAUGUGUCUCGUGCUCCACGCCAGCUUCGUGCUUCGUUCGCCCGAAAAACGAGAAAUAAUAAGCCCUUGUGCAGUCUAUCGCGAGAGAAACCGUAUAGUUACCUUUGAUCAUUAGGCUAGAUGAUGCGACAGCUAAGCUUGGUCGCUUGAUGGAGUGUGUCCUGGAUACUACAAGCGCUGAAGACGCCGAGGGAUCUCCUACCACACCAGCAACUUCCCAGCAACCAACUUAUGAGUGGCGACCGCCGACACGUGACGUGGGAGGAUUAGAGAGGAGACUGGCACGAAUGGAAGAAAACGUUGCCUCCAUAUUUGAAACUGUCAAGACCAUGGUUGAUUUGCUUCAUAAUCAGAGGGUAGGGAAUAUAGACUUUGGUUGCCAGUAUAGCUACUGGGCAGCGUAGCGAAAAGGCGUUGGUUUAUGAGUGAAGUGAGAAUCGAAGCGCCAUGAAAGCUUUAUUGGAUUAUGUUGAUCAUUGAGAAAUUGAGCGCUGUGACUGCCAAAGACAUUGUUUUGGGCCCGAAGAUAUUUAGUUCGACCCCUCACUACAGAACUUCUAUUUAAGUUUUUUAUAACUUAAAAAUAAUAGUGUCAACUUCAAUAAUGUUUCCCCUUCUUUAAUACCCCUCUCAUACUUUUUAACUAAAUAUGUGAGAGCGUGUGGAUAUCUAAUCCAGACGUGGUGAGAUGAAUUCUCACCGGGGUGAGCGGGGUCAAAUGUCUUUCGUUUGGUUCCCAGCACUGACUUCACUUUUAGCUAUAAAAGUUGUAGUUCAGUAGGAAUUGCUUGAAUUUUUUUAGACUUAUGAGCACUUAAGAAAAAUACUUAUAAUGGUAACAGAAAAUAAUUUCAGGGACAGUCACUGGCGCUCCGCCUAGAUACAAUAUUUUAGUAACUUGUUUUUCUUACUUUGUGCAGGUUGAAAAUACGUCUUCGAAUCCCGUGGGUAAGUAAACACAAAUGUCGUUUGGGAUUUAGGUUGGGUUAUCCGAUGUUUCAAAAUUUCCUCGUCAGAUUCCUUGUGGCUGCACGAAUGGCGACAUCGUGUUCCUUCGCCAUUUUAGUUUCAAAGCCGUGGACUGCGAGGGUGAAAUUGAAUACAAAUCUCAAACCAAAUUUGUACGCAUCGUUGGCUUGAAUUACAUAAACGACUUUUCAAAGCAGCACUCUAUAUUUUUAGAGAAUAGGCAACUUGUUAAAAAUGUGUUAUUGCUUUUAUCCAUAUUUUCGACGUUCUCUUUUGAAAGGUAUUUCUUCUUUUGGGGGUAUUCAAUUAGUUUUCCUUUAAUUCUGAGCACUUAGACUUGUUUUUUGUUGUUGUUGUUGAUUUUGUUUCGCUCGGGAGACUCGAAACGCUUAUAACAAUACUUCUUGUUGUUUUAAAUACUUCGAGAGAUUUCUGAACCCUAGUAGUGAUGGAAGGCAACCUUCGUUGUCAUCAUCCGUUUGCUUUUCUCCCUCAGAAGCCCUUAUUUGGUAAAUUUAUGUUUUGUCUUUUUCAGAGACUGCGCCUGCAAACAUUCUUGAUUUGCGGCCAGUGGCACCAGCAUUUGUUCAUCACAAGGCGCGAGCAACACCCUACCCACAAUGCGCCGCGAAGAGAUUCCCGGUCCCGGAUGAAAACGUGCCCUGGGAAGUAAGUGAAUAUUUGUCCGAGGAGAGUUGCCGCUAUUAAUGAGCGGAGAAAGGACCACUUCUAAUGCGUCUUUCCUGUUCGUAGUAAAUACUUUUAAUCUGUUUCUUGGCAGAGUUAAACCUGCGUAGCUGUAGUAUCUCUUUUCUUUAGCCAAGCGGGAAAAGGGCGGGAGACAUGCAAUGGNGCUUGAAUUACAUAAACGACUUUUCAAAGCAGCACUCUAUAUUUUUAGAGAAUAGGCAACUUGUUAAAAAUGUGUUAUUGCUUUUAUCCAUAUUUUCGACGUUCUCUUUUGAAAGGUAUUUCUUCUUUUGGGGGUAUUCAAUUAGUUUUCCUUUAAUUCUGAGCACUUAGACUUGUUUUUUGUUGUUGUUGUUGAUUUUGUUUCGCUCGGGAGACUCGAAACGCUUAUAACAAUACUUCUUGUUGUUUUAAAUACUUCGAGAGAUUUCUGAACCCUAGUAGUGAUGGAAGGCAACCUUCGUUGUCAUCAUCCGUUUGCUUUUCUCCCUCAGAAGCCCUUAUUUGGUAAAUUUAUGUUUUGUCUUUUUCAGAGACUGCGCCUGCAAACAUUCUUGAUUUGCGGCCAGUGGCACCAGCAUUUGUUCAUCACAAGGCGCGAGCAACACCCUACCCACAAUGCGCCGCGAAGAGAUUCCCGGUCCCGGAUGAAAACGUGCCCUGGGAA